AUGGCGCAUCUGAUAGUCUCUUUCAACCAACACCAACAACUGAAUCUCCGCCAAAAUCCUAUCAGUUCGGUUUCUGCUCUUACUCCAGUGGUGAAUCAAGCAGAUUCUAUUGCUAUUGCUCCUGUUCUUUCAGAAAAUCUAGUUAAGAAACCCCGUGAAAGGCCCUGGGCUCCGGAAAGAAGAAGCAACCAGAAACUUCAGGUAUAUAUUUUUUGCAUUAUUUCUUCAAUUUAUUCUGGUGCACCUGCUUCAGAAACCCCGGCUAAGAAGGCCCGUGGGAGGCCCCCUUGCUCUGGAAAGAAGAAGCAACCAGAAACUUCAGGUACAAUUGGAAUUUCCUCUGUGAAUCGUAUAAUCCAUGUGGACAUUGGGGAGGACAUUGUAUCUAAGAUAAUGACUAUCUUAGAUCAAGGACCACCUGCUAUUUGUAUUUUGUUUGGAGCUGGAUCCUUAUGUGAAGCCACCCUCUGGAACUCUGCCAUCGGCACUAUGACACAUGAGGGUCAAUUUGACAUCAUCUCAUUAACGGGGUCAUUCAUGCGGUCAGAAAAUGGUAUAACUGGUGGACUUAACCUUUCAAUGACUAGGCCAGAUGGUAGAUUUUUCGGCGGUGUUGUUGAAGGAAAGCUCAGGGCUGCCACUCCGGUACAGGUGGUUGUGAGAAGCUUUUUUCCGGACAUGGAAAAGCCCGAGUCUAAGCCACCAUCUUCAACUCCAACUCCCAAUGUGUUGAAUUUUGAUCCUCCGGUCUCAAAGGCGGCGUCUCCUUCAACUCCAUCUUCAACUCAUCUGAUGUGAACGGUGGUAGCCCUCUUCGUUACAAAUCUACCCAUGAUUAGGUUUAAAGGAAUUACAUUUGGGAUCCUGGUUAAAGGAAUGAGCAUGUUCACUAAAGAUGAUUAGGGUUAUUUUAAGAAUUGUGUUGUUUUAUUUUCAUUAGUUAUCUUAUAAUGGUGCUCUGGAAUCUGCCUUUUCAUUUGUACUUUUGUUCUUUGUUACUAAAUUGAUGAACAAUCUGCUUGUUUCUUCCUUUUAUCAUCAAUACUAAGAGUACUUUGUUGUA